UCCACAGUAUCAUUCAGGUAGGACGAAUACACUUGCAUCGCCUUCAGUCGCCAACAUCUUUCAGCUGAAAGAACACACCGAAGUCAUCCGACUAAUUAUUGCCGCUGUACAGUGAAAUGGAGAAUUUGCGUAGCACCGGCACAGUGUUUGCGAUUGUGAUGAUUACGGUACUGUUGUUUGCCAGACAAUCAUCCGCGAGACCGCAACCGGACGAAGUAGAAGACAUGAAGAAAGCAUUGUACUCGGCUUGUUCCGGGAAAUCUCCGAUCACGGAGGAGAUGAAAUCGAAUGCGAAGAACGGUAUAUUUUCGGAAGAACGUAAUUUCAAAUGUUUUUUGAUGUGCACAUUUGAAGAACUCUCAUUGAUCGACGAAGAGGGUGUUAUAGAUGGUGAGGCUAUGGAAUCUAUGGUAAUCGAUGAUAUCAAGCCAAUGAUAAAAGAAGCCGUAAAAUCCUGUUUGCCAGAUAUAGCUGGAAAGCCAGAUCCUUGUGAAGUUGCUUUCAAUUUUGUAAAAUGUGGAGCAAAUAUCAAUGCUAAAUUGAUUGAAAUGUUACCAUUGUAAUCAAAUAAACGGAGUCUAAGUAUAAAACAAUGGACGGAAAACAUUUAUAGAACAGCACCAUUGUAUCCUUGAAUGUAUACAACUACAAACGUAGCACUGUUUAAAGCACUUAUAAAAAUAAAAUCGUAUAAAAAAAUUCCGUUUUGAAUCAA